AUUCUACUUCUCUUUUUUUUUUAUUACUGACACGUUCAUCCUCAAGGCAGCUCUAUAUUGACUCUUCAACCCGAUUAGAUUCCCACCAUGAACUCAUCCAUCGUCUCUAAACUCUAUGGCCCUCUUUUGUAUAACACCAAAGUAGCGGCUCAGAUCGCGAAGCAAGUCUAUAUCCGUGAAGGAAUGGCUCCUCCUUCAGGAGCUCAGAUCGAGGCUGCUAAAGAUGCUACUCUCAAGUUUAUCUGGAAUGCUCGUAAUCUCAACACCUGGAAGAAUAUCUCAAAGGAUCAAUACGUGAGAGCUGGUUUGGUCGCUGCUGAAGCAUACACCUUUUUUAUGUUGGGCGAGAUCAUUGGACGUAGGAACCUCAUUGGCUAUAACGUCAAGAGCGCCGACACCCAUCAUCAUUAAUCAGCGUUCUUUACCUCAGACUAAGACUAUUGUUACAAUAAAAAAAAAAAGAAUGGCUGGU